AUGGAGGUGGUGCUGGCCGACGCGCUGCUGGCCCGCGGCGGGGACCCCUGCGCGCUGCUGCGGGCCGUCUGCGCGCCGCUGUCCGCCGAGCGCGCGGAGGCGCUGCGCCUCCUGCUCCAGCGGCUGGCGGCGGGCGGGCCGCCGCCGGGCGAGGCGGAGGCCGAGGCCGAGGCGGUGCGGCGGGCCGCCUGGGAGGUGGCGCUGGAGCGGUGCCGGCCGCUGCUGCGCGGCGGGGAGGGGGCGGCGGGGUGCGGGGAGCGGCUGCGGCUGGCGCGGGCGGCGCGGGGGGCGCUGCGGCACUGCGUGCAGCUGUGCGGGGCGCCGCUGGCGGCGCGGCUGGCGGGCGACGCGCUGGCGGAGCUGGCGGCGGGCGGCGGGGCGGGCGCGGAGGCGGCGGUGGAGGCGCUGGCGGCGGCGGCGCCGCGGCUGGAGGAGCCGGCGCUGGUGGCGCGGUGCGUGGCGGCGGCGCUGGCGCUGGUGCGGGAGGAGGGCGAGGGCGAGGAGGCGGCGGCGGCGGCGGCGCUGGUGGCCGGGCGGCUGCUGCCGGCGCUGGGCGGCAACGGGGCGGCCCUGCGGCGCGUCUGGGAGGGGCUGCUGGGCGCCGGCGGGCCGCCGCGGGCCGGGCGGGCGCUGCUGGCGCUGAGCGCCCUGGCCGACGCGCUGCUGCCGCGGGGCCCGCCGGGGCCGGGGCCGGGGCCGGGGCUGGACGCGCGGCUGUGCCCGCGGUUCUGGCGGGUGGUGCAGGAGGGUCUGACCGAGCGGGACGGGCUGUGCCGGAAGCGGGCCCGCUACCUGCUGAAGCGGGCCCUGGACCUCAGCGGCGGCCAGCGCGCCGAGCUGCGCUGCCCCACGGACGGCGGAGACGAGCCAAGUCUGUUUUGGUGGUCUGCUGAGAAGAAUGAGAAACUGCUGCAGUUUUGGGAAACUUACAUUUUGAUAAUGGAAACUUUGGAAGGAAACCAGAUCCAUGUCAUAAAGCCAGUAUUACCAAAACUAAACAGUUUAUAUGAGCAUGCUAUAUCAAGGGAAAAAGGUUGUUGGUUGUUUCACCCAUCGUGGCACAUGUGCAUUUAUAAACGAAUGUUUGAGAGUGAGAAUAAAACAUUGACAAAGGAAGGCAUUCUUCAUUUUCUGGAGCUUUAUGAAACAAAGCAUCUUCCAAAUUCACUUGGUUUUUCGGAGUUUGUUGUUGGACCGUUAAUGGACGCACUCUCAGAAAGUUCCCUCUAUAGCAGGACACCAGGUCAGUUAAUGGGAGCCUGUCCUCCUUUGGGAAUGAGGCUACAGAAGUUUUUGGCUACUUAUCUCAUGCUUCUUCCAGAGGAAGAAAAAGGUAGUUUCCUGUUAAAAUUUAUUCAGAAGAUGACAAGUAGGCAUUGGUGUGCUGUUCCCAUUUUGUUUCUUUCUAUGGCUCUGGCAUAUAUCCCUGCGUGUAAAGUACUGGGCACUGAAGGACUUCAUGCUUUAAGAGAUGUCCUCCAGUGUACUAUGAUUACACAUCAGAUUUUGUUGCGUGGAGCUGCUCAGUGCUAUCUUCUUCAAACAGCUAUGCAUUUGACAGAUGUGGAGAAAGUGUCCCUCCCAGAAGUUUCAAGUUUUCUUCUGUCCCUUAGACCAGAGGAGUCCCUAAGGAGAGAUACUAUGUUAUGGAUGGAGCUUUGCGGUUGGUUGCAAGUGAAUGACAGAUGCUUCAGAAAGUCUGUAACCUCUGAUUUUGAAUAUCAAGAGACAUCAUCAUUAUGUCAAUAUGUACGCAGUCUUGUGGGAGAGUACCUUAAGACACCAGCAACUGAAACUGGAGAAAAUUGCUUUAUGCCUGACUGGUUUGAAGCUAAACUUGUCGCAACAAUGAUUCUGUUGGCUGCAGAUGUGGAGCAGAUGAGGAACAAAUACAGUGGAAAAAGCAACAUAGAAUGGAUUGAACUAGAGGCUUUCUUGAACCCUCUUCUGGAUGUCUUGAUGAAACUUGGCAGUAAUGCUUACAUACCAACACUGAAAACAGAUAAAAGCCUACAGCUUCUCUUGAAGUUAUUGCAGACCCGUUCGUUAAAAUGUUCCAAUACACAAGAUGAUGGGGUAUUGUUUUUUAUCUGGAAAUCCCUCAUGACAGCUGUGGAGAGUAUUCUUGAAUUUGUUCUCCGACGGCUUACUACAAAUGAGUUAAGCACUGUUGGUGAUCUGGAUCGUUGUGAUCUAUACUUAGCUUUAAUUCCAGAGAUAGUGAAUUUGUGCUUGCAAGUCAGCUGGAAGAGAGUACCAUCUAUCAAGAAUUUCAUUUUGUCCCUGACAAAUGCGUCUAUUCGUAAUCUUCAGGAUAGAAAUUGUGAAGAGGAGCCGAAGCUUAAAGAACAAAUUAAAAAAGUAGCUAGCAUGGCUUCACUUACAGCAGUUUGUGAGAUAAUGGAUCGGAAACCUGAAGCGCACCUUGAAUCUCUGCCUUCUGUGGAUGCUCUGAAAAGAUUUAUUUCCUUUUCUCAAUUCAAUGAAGUAUUAAAGAAGCCAUCUUAUAUUGAAGAAGAAAGUAGCUUAUGUGAAGAAACAACAUCUCAAGGAUGGGGGAAAAUUGUUGCACGCUAUGUUCGUGACCAGUGGAUUUGCCUUCGUUUCAUUUUAAAUUCAUUUCCAACACUGGCUCCAGAGUAUGAAGAAACUUCAGAAAUGUCAUUGUCUACAGUUGAAAGGUCAAGAAAAAUUCUACAGUCUGCAUUAGAAGCCCUAAAUAUUCUUCCUUCAGACCAAGUUUUACCUGUGUUCGACUGCAUGAAAGUCCUUGUUCCCAAGCUUCUGAACUCAUCGGAGUCUCUCUGCAUAGAAGCAUUUGAUUUGGCUUGGAAAAUUAUAUCCUCUUUGAGCAACACACAGCUAAUAUUCUGGUCCAAUCUAAAAGCUUUUGUUCAGUUCAUCUUUGAUACUGAGGUUCUAGCUGUUGCUGCAAGUGCAAAGGGUCAAGCAUAUGCCAAAAUAAGAGAGAUAAUUUUCAAGCUCAUAGAUAUGUCCACUACAAAGACUGGAGUCUUCAAUGUAGUCCUUAGUCAUUGUUGUCAAUCUUGGAUAUUUCCCACUGUUGAUGAGAGAAGUGCCUUGACAAAUGCUUUCUUAAAUGCUGGAAAUUAUUGUGAACUUAUCACUGAGGCUUGUGUCUUUGGAACUGUAUUUAGGAGAGAUCAAAGACUUAUUCAGGAUGUGCAUGCCUUCAUAGAAAAUCUUGGAGAAAAAUGUGCAGCGAAUGUUGUUACAGAAAGUACAAAUCGAGAUGAUCACUACGUUCGGGUUUGUGCUAUUAAAUUCCUGUGCUUGUUGGAUGGAUCAAAUAUCUUGCAUAAGACAUUUGUGGAAGACAUUUUCAUCAAACUACUUGAUAAAGAUGAACUGGUAUCCAGAUCUAGAACACGCUAUUAUGCAAACUCUUUACAGCAUAGAAUUAAAAACCGGGUAUGGCAGACACUCUUAGUUCUUCUUCCGAAGCUUGACCAGAAUUUUUUGUGUGGAACUCUUGACAGAGUUUUUCAGGCUGGAUUUGGUAACAAUCAGGCAUCUGUGAAAUACUUCAUAGAAUGGAUUGUUAUCUUGAGUCUGCAUAAAUACCCCCAAUACCUUAAUAAAUUCUGGGAUUGCUUUUGCUAUGAUGAAGAAAAGCUUAAAACAAGCAUCUGCACAUUUUUAUCAGUGUUAUCACACUUUGACAUAGUUCUUCAAAAUACCUCGGAGAAGAAGCCAGCUUUGAAGAAGGCCCUCAUAGUUGUUCUACAGUGGUGUUUCAACCAUAAUUUCAGCGUUCGACUUUAUGCGUUAGUCGCCCUUAAAAAAAUCUGGGGUAUGUGCAGAAUGUUGCAUGUGGAAGAAUUUGAAGCUCUGACACCAGUUAUUGAAUCUAGCCUUCAACAAGUGGAAAACAUGCAUGGCACAGGGAAUGCUAGAAGGAACUGGCAGCGAAUCCAGGAUCACUUCUUCUUUGCAACAUUUCAUCCACUUGAGGAUUAUAGUCUAGAGACAAUAUUUUACACUCUUCCCCGCCUUUCGGAACUUGCUGAAGAUGAAUGGAUCUCACUUUCCAAAUUUGACAGAUUCACUGACAUUCCUUUGCCACCAGCAUUUCAGUGGUAUCAUUCUCGAAUGGAACUUCGUGAUCUGAAACCAAGUGACUGGUCUCAGCAAGACAUGGGUUCAAAUUCAGCUGAAACACAUAGCCAGACAGAAUGGACUGAUGUUCAGAAAAAGAUUAUACCCUGGAAAAACAGUACUCCUAGUUUAGACCUGGAAAUGGUAUUUCAGGAUCGUGCUGCUAAACUCGGUAAAUCAAACAGCAGACUGAUUGUGGUGGCUUCACUUAUUGAUAAACCUACCAAUUUAGGAGGUUUAUGUCGUACAAGUGAAAUAUUUGGGGCAUCUGCGCUAGUUGUCGGCAGUCUUCAUUAUAUACAGGAUAAGCAGUUUCAGCAUCUUAGUGUUUCUGCAGAGCAGUGGCUCCCCCUUGUUGAGGUGAAACCAUCUCAGCUUGUUGAUUAUUUACAGCAGAAAAAAACAGAAGGCUACACUAUUAUUGGUGUGGAGCAGACAGCUAAAAGUUUUGAUCUUACAGAAUACUGCUUCCCGGAGAAGUCACUAUUAUUGCUGGGAAACGAACAUGAAGGAAUCCCAGCAAACCUGAUGCACCACCUGGAUGUCUGUGUGGAAAUUCCUCAGCAGGGUAUUAUUCGAUCACUCAAUGUUCAUGUAAGUGGAGCUCUGCUGAUUUGGGAGUACACAAGGCAACAAGUGAUCAAGCAAAAACAACAAAAAUAACUGCCAAGAGUUUCGUGCCUUAUAGUACAGCUGGGUGACUUCCUAUGGUGCUACAACAUGAAAUUCUGAAUAGAUGAGAUACAAACUCAGGGUGAAUGAGGAUUCUUAAGUUUUGCAUGUUUUGUUCUCUGUAGUGUUCAGACUGACUUUUAAAUGCCUUAAUACUUUACCUCCUUAAAUAAAACUGUUGCAUUGGAAAUAAAUACUAUUUAU